AUGGGCAUGGCCAACGUCGCCGCAGAGCCCGCCGCCGUCGCGGCCUCGGUGCUGCACACGCCGCGCCGCGGGCGCCGUGUCGGCGUUGACCUCUGGGACUCGCCGGUGCGCCCGGCGCCGCACACCUUCCCGCGCCUCGAGAAGCGCCACGCCGCCGUGACGCCGCGCAAGCGCCGCGCCGACGCCGCAGACGCCUCUGCACCCAGCCUCGUCGACGACGGCGGCUGGGCGUCGGCGGGCCUGCCGGGCAGCAGCCGCAAGGCUGAAAAGGCGCCCGCGCCGCCCGCCAGCCCUUCGCCCGACCCCAGCGAGUUCUUUCUUGCCGAUGCGCUGCGCAGCACUGGCCCACUUGGACCACUGGCGCUCUUCCGGCCAGUCGGCGAGUCUGAGCAGGGCGCUUCGUCGGGCUCGAGUCUCGUGGCCGUCGACGUCGGCGGCCGCGGGCGCCUCAUUGUGCACCCCAACGUCGCCGCGCGCAUUCGCAGCUCGUCCGACGCCGACACCGCUGCGCUUCUGCGCUCUCACGACGUCGCAUUCUCGGGCGGCUCUGGCUCUUCCGCUACGGAGAGCUCGGCGAGCACCUCGGCCACGAGCCUGGACACGCCCUGCGCAGGCGGUCUCGGUCCGAGCCCGAGCUUCAGCCUCGCCAGCCACUUCCCAGCCAGCGAGAGCGGCUCGCCCUCCCCCUCGCCCAAGAAGCUGCCUCGUGUCAGCGGUGCUGUCCCGCGUGCUGCUCUGCGCGACGGUCACGCAGAUCUCUUCGGCUUGCGAAGCAGCGGCACGACGCCCGCCUCAUCACGUCUCACGACCUCUGAGCACACUCCACGACUGGGCCUCGGUCUGGGCCCCGGCAUCGACGCUCGUCUGCCGACGCUCGACUGGCCCGACGACCCCAAGGGCCCCUGGGCUGCAGCUGGCGAGCAUGUCGUCAAGGAGCGCUCUGCGCGCCAUGACGGCAUUGCCCGCUGGCUGGCCACGAGCGAGGAGGACGCAGCGCCGGCAGGCUUGUCUGCUGGCACCUCGCUCGCAGCUGACGCUUCGCUGCGGCACCAGCACCAGCAUCCCAUGAUCGCCAAGGCUCUGCGCGACCGCGCACGGCGAGACGCCGUCCCACGCACGUACUCGAUGCCAGACAUGCGCGCCCUUAUGCCCGAGGUGAGCCCGCGCAAGCGCUCUCGCCGCGCUGCCGGCGCCGCCAAGCUGGCGCGCGCAGACUCCAAGACGCGGCGACGCCUGGAGCGCAAGCUGGCCUCUGCCGCCGCAGCCAAGGCGGACCUCGAUGCCGCUGUGCAACAGCAGACUGCGCCGGAGCCGGCGCCAGUGCCGCUGGUGACGCCGCGCAACCUCUCGGCGCGCAAUGCCGGCAUUGCGCAGAUCCCCCUGCAGUCCGUCAUUGGCUGCGUGUGCGGCCACAACGAGGAGUUCAGCCCGAUGGUGCAGUGCGACGUGUGCAACCGCUGGUACCACAUCUUCUGCCUUGGCAUCACCUCGACGGCCGAGCUCGACGACGAGUGGUUCUGCGACGGCUGCUGCGAACGCGCCCUGUCCGACCUCACGCCUGGCAGCUUCACGUCGGGCUCCGUCGGCUUCACGCCGCUGGACGGCUUCAGCUCUGCCUCGGUCACGCCCUUCGACGGCACCUUCGACUCGCAGCUGUACGGCCUCAGCCAAGAGUCGCAGCAUCAGCAGCCCGUCUUUGCCCACCCGACCGAGAGCCCGGCGCAGGCGCGCAGUGCACGCUACUUCGACGGCCUCGCACUGGCGCCCAGCCCGCACGUCGCGCGCAGCGCUCAUUCGGGCAACUUGGGCGAUCUGGGUCCGAGCCUGUCUGCGUCGCUCUCGCUCCCGCAGGACCUCGGCAGCAUGGCCAGGCCCGCUGCCACGGCCCGUGCCCGCGCCAGCCGCAUUGGGCGGCACCAGAACGAGCCGGGCUCGCCACUCGAGCGCAAGAGCGCGACGAGGCCGCAGGCGCCAGCGCGGGCCGGCAGCCCGACGCGCCGCACUCGCAUUCCUACGCAGGCGCUCGACGACCCUUUCGCCACGCCCGUGCUGCUCUCGCGCCGCUCAGACUGGCAGAGCCACGGGAACCUCGACGCCCACGCAGCCAAGCCGCAGGGCAGUGUCGAGCGAAGAACGCCGAGCCCUCGCCUCCCGAGCUCGACCUUCGUCACGCCCAGCCGCACGCUGCGCUCAGGACGUUCGGACGCCUCGCUCGCCGGCACUGCUUCGCGGCAGACGUCCAACGCACGCGGGCACGGCGGCCUCUUUCUGGAGGAGGAGAGCAGCUUUGCUAUGCGCGACCCCGACGAUCCGUUCUCUACGCCGUCCCGCCUGCCCUCGGGUGCCUCUCCGUGGGGCCACCAGCGCACGCACACUGGCUCGCUGCAGACGCCGAGCCGCAUGCGCGAGACCAGCGCCUCGGGCUGGGGCCUCGGCACGCCGAGCAGCUCGUUCCUUGCGGCAGCAUUCGGGCACGACUCGGCCGGCAACGAUGCGGGCGGCUUCAGCGUCGGCAUGCCCUCGCUCGUCUUCUCGUCCGGCGGCGUCGAGGCGCAGCCCGGCGACACGGCCGGCACGGCGUCGAGCUUCCACAGCAACCCCAACUGGGCGCUCGGCUCGCCGACGUCCUCGACGCGUGCGGCCACGCGGGCGCGCGACAGCUCCGACAUCCCCAGCACGCCCGAGCUUGUGCCUCGGCGCUCGCGCAACCCGUCCAGCAGCACGAAUCUCGGCUCUCUGCGGCGCAGUGCACGCCGCAGCAGUGGCGUGCAUGGCGGCCCGGCUACCAGCACAUACGGCGACGACGAGCCGCCGUCCAGCAGCCCGUUCCCGCGCACACCCACCUUCGACGAGCAGCUCGGCGCGGGCGCGCGGCACGUCUCGCUGCGCGGCACGCCGACGUCUGCCAAGCGGCGCAGCGGCCACCAGGCCACCGAGCUCGUGCCCGGCAGCCUCGAUCGGGCGCACGUGCCGCUCGGCAAGGGCCAUGCACCGGCCGCUGCACAGUCCGACGCCGCUCAGCAGCAGGCCAAGCUGCGCACUGCCUCGGGCGACCUCGGCCUGGGUCUGGGCAUCGGCCUCGACUCGGAGUUCGACGACGUCCUCAACUGGACCUAG